AUGGCCGAUAUUCGAACUCAGGCGCUCAAAGAGCCCAUUGAUGUCGCCGAAUACCUUUUUAAGAGACUUCACCAAGUCGGCGUCCGCUCAGUCCACGGCCUUCCUGGAGACUACAACCUUGUUGCUCUCGACUACCUCCCUGGGUCUGGCCUGACCUGGGUCGGCAGUGUUAACGAACUCAAUGCUGGUUAUGCGGCAGAUGGCUAUGCCCGCGUCAAGGGAAUCUCUGCCAUCAUCACCACCUUCGGCGUCGGUGAAUUAUCAGCCAUUAAUGCCCUCGCCGGCGCAUACUCCGAGCAUGUCCCCGUCGUCCACAUCGUCGGAUGCCCCUCCACCAUCUCACAGAGAAAUGGAAUGCUUCUGCACCACACUCUAGGCAAUGGAGACUUCAACGUCUUUGCGAACAUGAGCUCACAAAUCUCUUGUGAUGUCGCCAAGCUCAACAACCCCGCCGAGAUCGCCAACCAGAUUGAUCAUGCUCUCAAGGAAUGCUGGAUUCGCAGUCGUCCAGUAUACGUCAUGCUGCCUACCGACAUGGUCCAAAAGAAGGUUGAGGGCGAAAGACUGAGAACACCUAUUGACCUCAGCGAGAUCCCUAAUGACCCCGCGAAGGAGGACUACGUCGUCGAAGUUGUCUUGAAGUCACUACACGCGGCCAAGAAACCGGUCAUGCUCAUUGAUGCCUGCGCCAUUCGGCACCGUGUACUCCCCGAGGUCCAUGACCUUUUGGAGAAGGCCAAAGUGCCUGUUUUUGUCACUCCGAUGGGCAAGGGCGCUGUCAACGAGACACAUCCCAACUACGGCGGUGUUUACGCCGGAGAUGCCUCACAGCCCGACGUCAAGGAGAGAGUGGAAUCUUCUGACUUGAUACUUUCCAUUGGCGGUCUCAAGAGUGAUUUCAAUACGGCCGGCUUCUCUUAUCGGACAUCACAGCUCAACACCAUCAAUUUCCACAGCACGCACACAACAGUUCGCUAUUCAGAGUAUCCUGGCGUCACCAUGCGCGGUGUCUUGCGCAAGGUGAUCAACAACCUCGACCCUGAAAAGCUCAGCAUUGUACCUUCGCCGGAUGUUUCUAACAAUUUGCCCAUCGACGACAACGAUCCAUCCCAGACCAUCACUCAAAAGUACCUAUGGCCGAGAGUUGGCCGCUACCUCCGCGACAACGACAUCGUGGUUACCGAAACUGGCACCGCCAACUUCGGUAUUUGGGACACCAAAUUCCCGGCUGGCGUCACAGCUUUGAGCCAGGUCCUUUGGGGUAGUAUUGGCUGGUCUGUUGGUGCUGCGCAGGGUGCUGCGCUGGCCGUCAAAGACGCCGGCGAAGACAGGAGGACGAUCUUGUUUGUCGGCGAUGGAUCAUUUCAGCUCACGGCGCAAGAGAUAACAACAAUGUUGCGCCAUGGCCUGAACCCGACAAUCUUCGUCAUUUGCAAUGACGGUUUCACUAUUGAGCGGUUCAUCCACGGCAUGGAGGCCGAAUACAACGAUAUAGUCCAGUGGCAAUACAAGGAGUUGGUUACUGUAUUCGGUGGAACCGAGCAGACGGCCAAGAAGUUCGUCGUCAAGACCAAGGACGAGUUGGAGAAGCUCCUGACCGAUGAGAAUUUCAACAACCCCACGACGCUGCAGUUUGUGGAGCUCUACGUCCCCAAGGAGGAUGCUCCAAGAGCUCUUAUCAUGACAGCAGAGGCCAGCGCCAAGAACAACGCAAAGGUCGAGGAGAUCAUUGACAUCCCCUUAUCGUCCGAUUUCGUCGUCCCGUCGUCCGUCCUUCCUCGAUGCGUUGAUACGAUGGCUGAUCGGGCGGGGAUGGCUGAUGGCGGUCGCGGCACGGGAGCAUGGCAAACUCCUCACCAAAAGGCCAAGGUCGCCAAUCUCCAGGACAGAGACGCUUCCCUGGAAGUGGGUGAUCAGGGUGUAUGGGUUACUUUCGCUCGAGGGAUGGACAGUAAAGCCAUCCGUGAGUUCAACUUCAUUUGUGACGAGUAUGGCAAAACCAUAUAUGGACUUGUUCCACCCGGCGAGGACAUCGAGCCUGGUGACGAGGACGAGGACAUUGAGGCAUCCAUCAAAAAAGAGCUUGUCAGCAUGAGCUCUGUCAACCAGAAAAAUUCCAAGCGGAACUUCAAGGCUAUCCGCGCUGGUAUUGAGUGUGUCUUCUUCAUGAAAACACGAGACCCCAUUGAACCAGUUGAGCUGUGUCGUCGCAUCUGCCGAGAUGCUGGCGCUUGUCCAGAUUUGAAAGAGCGCAAGACCAAAUACAUCAAUAGGUUGACACCUGUGAGUGCUCUGGACAAGGCCUCGGAGAAUGGUGUAGUAAGGACGGCACGAAAGGCUCUCGCGUCUUGGUUCAAUUUGACAGCGAGCGAGACAGCCGUAGAGGAUGGAGUGGGAGUCAAGAACGAUGUGGCGGGAGCGGAUGGAAACGAGACCGGGCCAGAAAUCAAGUUGGAUGCGAAGCACGCGUACACGUAUGCAAUCCGGCCCUCCAUACGUAGCAACAGCUCCAUCGAGCGUGACGACCUUAUCAAGCAAAUAGCCAGUACCAUCGACCAGAGACACAAAGUCAAUCUCAGCAACCCCGAUAAGGUGAUACUUGUUGAUAUCUUUCAGAGCUACUGCGGCAUGAGCGUAAUCAACGGCAGUGACUGGGAUGGGCUCAAAAAGCUCAACGUUAACGAGAUGUACAAAGCGUCGCCGGGUGCAAAGGGUGCAAAGCCCAAGUCAUCACCUAUCGAGACAGAGAAAACACCCGAGGAAGGCAUCAUGGGCGAGGCAGCAUGA